CUUCUCCGCAUUUUCAUAGCUUUGCCUUUCCAUCCCUCUCUUCUCUCUUACUCCCUUUUCAAACUCCUCCAGCUCCAUUUCGAAACACACGUCCACCAAGCGGAAUAUACUUUUCGUACGAGUGACGGGACUGAUCGACCCCUUCGCACGGGCAUUGAGUGACACUCAACCCUGUUUCUGUGCCUCGGUUCUUUCCGAAAGGAAUACUUUAUUUCACGACACGACACGGCCACUCUCUCGCUCAACACGCUCACACUGGUUCCUGCUUUGGAGCUGACCUUGGCGCCUUUUCCCUCAACGAUCUACGAUACCGACCUAUCUCACAUCCACAUUCUUGCACAGGAUAUAGUGCUGCAGCUUGAGCGCAUCAAUACAGAUGUCCCGAUAUCAUCAAAGCCGUGAGUACAGGAAAUGUGCCCUCUUUAGAGUUUCCAUCUCACCCCGCUGUCAAUCCGUGGAUCGAUCGCUCCAGCGUAAUGUCGUGCCUUUACAUGGCUAGCGCUAGGAUUUGAGGGGUUUGCUGCCACUCCCGUUUUUGCACGCUCCAAGAGCGGCACAAGCUACACCUUUUAUACGACAAGAGACUUGCGCUCCGAUUUGGUUUUUGAGAUUGCGAUCGAGCUACUGUCUUUCUACCUUUCUGAUUUCAACUACAUUUCCUUCACUUCACACGCUGACAACAAUCCCAUACAGCAAUCAACACCACGCCCAUCUUCUCGCGGCGCUCCUCCUCCACCAUGCCAUCCAUGCGCCGCAUCAAAGUCUUCGGACUCCUCGUCGUAAUGGCCAUCAUAACCCUCCUCUUCUACACCUCCUCAUCCUCCUCCUCCUCAAAAUACGACCUCGAAUCCUCGCAAACAGGCGAUUUCUUCUACAAAACCAAGAACGCCCUAGAGAGGACACCAGUAGGUGGCGGAGCCUCGACAGCUGGGAAAGGUAAGAUUGUUGGCGCAGGUAGCGGUGAGGACGAUAAGGAGGCAUCGAAAGCGAGGCUGAAGGAGGCGGCGCAGAUUGCGAAGGAUAAUGCGAAUUUGAAGGCGCCAAAGCCGGACCCUCCGAGCAAGAUCGUGGGUAUUGGGAGUGCGGCCGAGGGAGCGGAGAAGAGUGUUGCGGGCAGGAAGAAGUUUAAUACUGGGGGGAGCGGAAGUGAAGCACAAGUUCCUGUUAAGGAGGAGGACGACGAGGAGAGUCGGGAGGCGGAGAAGGUUAAGGCGGAGUUGAACAGUAUUCUGAAGAAAGCGCCUAGUAGGUAUUUCCUUAUUUUAUUGCCAUUGCAACUAUUCGGAUGCGCUAACACCAACCCAGUAAUCAUAUUUUCCAAGUCGUACUGCCCUCACUCGAAAAGAGCAAAGGGGAUCCUCCUCGAGAAAUACCUCAUCGACCCGAAACCCUACGUCGUGGAACUCGACCAGCACCCACUCGGCGCGCAACUACAAGCCAAACUCGCAGAUCUGACAGGCAGGAACACGGUACCCAAUGUCCUUAUCAAUGGAUUCUCAAUAGGAGGAGGUGAUGAUGUGGCGGAGUUGGAUUCGAGUAGGAAAUUGGUCGAUAAGGUCAAGGAAUUGGGAGGGAAGAGGAUGUUGGAGGUUAAGUUGAGGCCGAUUGAGGAGCCCAAGGAGACGGUGAAAGAGGCUGUGAAGGAGAAGGAGAAGGUGGAAGAGAAGGAUGAGAGGCAUGGGUUGAGAUGAUGUAUCCUCUUGGGCCAAGGAGACGGGGUCUGAUAGGGACAGACAAAGCAUUUUCUGGCGCGUGGGAUUCGGAUUCGGAUUCGGAAUUGGAAUGGUAAACAUGCACUGCGACGGCGUUGGGAUUUUGGUUGGGCUCGGGCUGUCACUUGUUGGUUGGUGUCUGUACGUCUUUCUGAGAGAAAUGGCACAGCGUUUUGUACACAGACGUACCAUGAAGGGGGUAUCAACGAUUGUUUAGUUUUAAUGCAGAGGCGUUUUCAAUCAGCCG